AAAAUGUUUUAAAUAAAUUUCCAUCUUUGGGUAUCUGCCGCUCUAUGAUUUUAAAUAUCUAAAUGAAAAUUGUCUUCAAGAUUAGGGGACUGGUUCCACAUUAGUCGUAACCCAGUUUGAAAACCUUUUCUCAUAGAUUCCCUUCACCACGUCAUCGCCAUCAAUCCGCUCUUAUCUCUUGGUCCUAUGUUAUUAAGCCGUAAGACUCUUUUAGUAAUUUCGCUCUACUUUUCAAAGAACAAAAAGUUCAGGUCAGUAGGGAGUAAAGGGCCUUCAGCACUGUUGAAAAUCCCUAAACACAUAAAAGCAACCAACUUCACAGCAAAAAUAAUUUCAUAUAAAUUUCCAGCUUUGGGUAUUUGCCGCUCCUUGAUUUUAACGAUAUCCCAAGACUCUUUUUACCAAUAUUUUUACCAAAUACCAGAUUUCCCAAUCUUUUUUCUUCCAGCAGCUAUCUGAUGGAUUCGCGUUUGAGAGCAUCUCAGUCUUCUGUGUCGAAUUCUGGUGAAUCUAGUAGUUCAAUUCCGCUGCAUCCUCAACCGCUUAAUGUGGCUCCCAUCAGCUGGUAUUCAUUGACACCAGAUAUCAAUGCUGGUUCAGUCUCAGUUGAAGCUAUAACUUUGCCGUCAAAGCGUAGCAACUCUCAGCGGCAUGCUGGGGGUCAGCCUGCAGUGGUUUUUUUUCCUGCUUGUCCAGCCAAAGAGGAGUGGGACAAUCUUAUAAAUCAUGCUAACGGCGGGGUUGCCCUUACUGGAUCGGCUUUGUAUGGAAAGGUUGGGCCAUUCAUGGGUUCAGUUGAUAUAGCUGAAUCUGAAGAUGCUUAUGUCUUCCGUGUUUCACUUCCCGGUGUUGCUAGGGAUGAAAGUAAGUUCUACGUAUGAGUAAGAUUUUCUUAAGUUGAAAAUCACCAUAUCUUCUUAUAACUCUUUACUGUCUUACAUCAGACUUUUUUUUAUAUUUUACUACGUCAAGUUGAAAAUCACUAUAUAUGUGACGACCAUAUGUUUUGUAUAUGAAUGUCAAAUUGCAUCCAUAUGAAUCGACUUGAUGAUUAAGAGAUCUUCCCGUUCAUGUGGUUACAGAAGUCUUUCGCUGUGAUGUUGGACCAAAUGGGAGAAUUCUCAUAAGAGGGGUGAGCGUGACUGGAGAGAGGAAGGUUCGCAGGAAGAAUAUGGUCUUUAAGAUGCAAACUCAGAACUUAUGCCCACCGGGUGAAUUUACUGUUUCAUUCCAGCUACUAGGUCCAAUUGAUCAUCUAAACUUGUCUUGUAAUUUUGGACCUGAUGGGAUUUUUGAAGGCGCUGCGAAGAAAAAACAGCAGGUCCUUUAAGGUCCAGUGAAAUAUUUAGAUCAAAAUCCUUCAUCUCUAUGGUAGGGAGAAGCCAAAUUUAGAAGACCAGGAGCAAUGCUGCAGUUGAUUCCGGGAUCUUUGUGCAGCUUUUAGCCUUAUCUUGCAUCAUGCUUUAGUUCUUUUGUGUGUGUGCCGUCUUGUUGGUUCCAUCGUUAAGACUUACUAAGGGUGUGGCUACCCGAACUUAGCCACUUCUACAGAAUUGGAAAAUUGGGCUCAAACUAAUAGAUUUUGACUUUUGUGUUUAGAGACCAA